ACUGUGGUCUGGAUGCCAAGACGGUGAGGGCUUCCGCACGACCUGCGGGACGUCGGGAAGGCGGCCAGCUCUCCCUGGAGGCCGGGGCCGGGCCCGAGUGCGGGGUCGGAGGGAAAAGGCAGGGAGGGGUGCUCCUUCCCAGAGCCCAGCAAGCCCUGCCCUGGUCUCCCUGCCUUCCUGCGAGGUAGCUUCAGUGGGACGUGGAAUUUUCCCAGGACAGGCCCCUCCCUCCUGGGUUGGGACUCCUCCUAGAACUGGGCUACUCGUGGGGCGGGGGGUCAGAUAGAGAAAGAAAAAAAGGGGUUCGGCCCCAGAGGCGCCGGGGGUUCACGCAGCCUGCCUGAGAGGAGUGCGUUCCGAGCUCCGGGAGCCCAGGCUGGGUCCCUGUUUAUUAUUUUUCUCCAGGCUGACUGGGCUAGCAAACCUGGACUUUGGCUCCUCUGCUCUGGAGCCCAGGCAAGAAGUGAGGGGGGGAGGUUAGUGGAGAGAUGGGGGGCUAGCCCUCCCCCGCCUUGUUUUCUGUGGUACCCCCCUCCGCCCCCGCCGGACCUAUCCACCAUCAGCACGUCACUCCAGGCACUGAGGAAGGAGGGGAGGGAUAAGGGGCAGGGAUGGAGGCCCCACUCCCCUAGGUUGCCUAGACAACCUCAGAAAUCGUGGCCAGGGCCUCUUCCGCCUGCGGGGCUGCUGCUUCCUGCAUCAGUCACUCCCGCUGGGGGCGGGGCGGAGGAAGAGGUUGGAUGUGGCAGAGCCGGGCCCCAGCCGGGGCCGCCCAGACCCCCCCGCCGUUGCCGUGGCCCCAGCCAUGGCAUCCUAUCCAUCUGGCCCCAGCAAGCCCAAGACCAAAUACCCCUUUAAGAAGCGGGCCAGCAUGCAGCCCUCCGCUGCAGUUCCAGGAGCUGUUCAGCCGCUCGCUGGCCGAGAGUGAGCUCCGCAGUGCCCCGUAUGAGUUCCCCGAGGAGAGCCCCAUUGAGCAGCUGGAGGAGCGGCGGCAGCGGUUGGAGCGGCAGAUCAGCCAGGAUGUCAAGUUGGAGCCGGACAUCCUGCUUCGGGCCAAGCAAGAUUUCCUGAAGACAGACAGUGACUCAGACCUACAGCUCUACAAGGAGCAGGGCGAGGGGCAGGGUGACCGGGGCCUGCGGGAGCGCGAUGUGGUGCUGGAGCGGGAAUUUCAGCGGGUCACCAUCUCCGGGGAGGAGAAAUGUGGGGUGCCCUUCACAGACCUGCUGGACGCAGCCAAGAGCGUGGUGCGGGCACUGUUCAUCCGGGAGAAGUACAUGGCCCUGUCGCUGCAGAGCUUCUGCCCCACCACUCGCCGCUACCUGCAGCAGCUGGCUGAGAAGCCUCUGGAGACACGGAGCUAUGAGCAGGGCCCUGACACCCCUGUGUCUGCUGAUGCCCCGGUCCACCCCCCCGCACUGGAACAGCACCCGUAUGAGCACUGUGAGCCAAGCACCAUGCCUGGGGACCUGGGCUUGGGUCUGCGCAUGGUGCGGGGAGUGGUGCACGUCUACACCCGCAGGGACCCCGAUGAGCAUUGCUCGGAGGUGGAGCUGCCGUACCCUGACCUGCAGGAAUUUGUGGCUGACGUCAACGUGCUGAUGGCCCUGAUUAUCAAUGGCCCCAUAAAGUCGUUCUGCUACCGCCGGCUGCAGUACCUGAGCUCCAAGUUCCAGAUGCACGUGCUGCUCAACGAGAUGAAGGAGCUGGCCGCCCAGAAGAAAGUGCCACACCGGGAUUUCUACAACAUCCGCAAGGUGGACACGCACAUCCACGCCUCGUCCUGCAUGAACCAGAAGCAUCUACUGCGCUUCAUCAAGCGGGCGAUGAAGCGGCACCUGGAGGAGAUCGUGCAUGUGGAGCAGGGCCGCGAGCAGACUCUGCGGGAGGUCUUCGAGAGCAUGAAUCUCACCGCGUACGACCUGAGUGUGGACACACUCGACGUGCACGCGGACAGGAACACCUUCCAUCGCUUCGACAAGUUCAAUGCCAAAUACAACCCGAUUGGGGAGUCUGUCCUCCGAGAGAUCUUCAUCAAGACCGACAACAGGGUUUCCGGGAAGUACUUUGCCCACAUCAUCAAGGAGGUGAUGUCAGACCUGGAGGAGAGCAAAUACCAGAACGCAGAGCUGCGUCUCUCCAUCUACGGGCGCUCGAGGGACGAGUGGGACAAGCUGGCACGCUGGGCCGUGAUGCACCGCGUGCACUCCCCCAACGUGCGCUGGCUUGUGCAGGUGCCCCGCCUCUUUGACGUGUACCGUACCAAGGGCCAGCUGGCCAACUUCCAGGAGAUGCUGGAGAACAUCUUCCUGCCGCUGUUCGAGGCUACCGUGCACCCUGCCAGCCACCCUGAGCUGCACCUCUUCUUGGAGCAUGUGGAUGGUUUCGACAGCGUGGAUGAUGAGUCCAAGCCCGAGAACCACGUCUUCAACCUGGAGAGUCCCCUCCCCGAGGCCUGGGUGGAGGAGGACAACCCUCCCUAUGCCUACUACCUGUAUUACACCUUUGCCAACAUGGCCACGCUGAACCAUCUGCGCAGGCAGAGAGGCUUCCACACGUUCGUGCUGAGGCCGCACUGCGGGGAGGCCGGGCCCAUCCACCACCUGGUGUCGGCCUUCAUGCUGGCUGAGAACAUAUCCCACGGGCUGCUUCUGCGCAAGGCCCCGGUCCUGCAGUACCUGUAUUACCUGGCCCAGAUUGGCAUCGCCAUGUCCCCACUCAGCAACAACAGCCUCUUCCUCAGCUACCACCGGAACCCGCUACCCGAGUACUUGUCCCGCGGCCUCAUGGUCUCACUGUCCACCGAUGAUCCCCUGCAGUUCCACUUCACCAAGGAGCCGCUGAUGGAGGAGUACAGCAUCGCCACGCAGGUGUGGAAGCUCAGCUCCUGCGACAUGUGUGAGCUGGCCCGCAACAGCGUGCUCAUGAGCGGCUUCUCGCACAAGGUGAAGAGCCACUGGCUGGGGCCCAACUACACCAAGGAGGGGCCCGAGGGCAAUGACAUCCGCCGCACCAACGUGCCGGACAUCCGCGUGGGCUACCGCCACGAGACCCUAUGCCAGGAACUGGCGCUCAUCACGCAGGCCGUCCAGAGUGAGAUGCUGGAGACCAUCCCGGAGGAGGCGGGUGUUGCCACAAGCCCCGGGCCUCAGUGAGCCUGGCCCGCUGGUGCCGCUGCAUCUCAGCACCGCGACCACGUUUCCUCUCGGACCCUCACAGCUGCUGUGGUCUCUGCAUGUCUCCAUUCUUUUUUGUUCCUGUCCUGCAUGUCUCUGACUGUGUCCCUGUCCCGGCCCAGUGAGCCAUGCCCAGAAGCCUGCUUUGCCAUUGUUUUGGCUCAGGUGACACCUGACAGGCCGAGGGUUUGAGGGCUGGCUCUCUCCACGGCCCUGUCCUAGGAUCCUCCGAAGCCUGGCUGUCCUGCAGGCAUCUCCAGUGUCCAGAGGGGCUUGGGAUGGUUGUGGGGGGCUGGCCCCUCCAGCCUUUGAGGUCCUGCUUGGGCAGAUGCAAACUCGGGCUGGGGCUGAAGUUGAGGCCCAGGUUCUGGUAGCGGCCUACAUCUGCCGCGGGCACGAGCUGAAGGCGUGGUGCUCCAGCAGUGCUGUGCAGGGUGGGUAGGGCUGAGUGAGGUCCCCGCUCAGGGCUGCCUGGCCUGAGGGGGUGGGCUUGUUCUCGGGGUGCCGGACACCACCUUUGCCAAGUCGCUGCCCAGCAGUCUUUUCUGUCCUCUCCUGGGCCCACGUGCUCCUCUGCUGUCAACUUCCUGUGCCUCUGGGCGGGCAGCUGCCCUGUGCUGUGUCUGGGACCACUGUGGCUGGGGGGUCCUGGAUCUGCCACUGGCCAGGGAGGUGAUGUCCCUAGAGUGGGCCCCAGAGCUUCUGGAUCCCAGCUGGCCCCUGUGUUGUGUUCUGGACUGAGGCCUUUGCUGUGAAAUGCAGUGUUUCAUACUACCCACCUUUCUUAGUGCAUGUGAAAUAAAGAUUAUUUAAGUAAUGAGGCAGGUGGGGUCUCUGUUGGGAGUGGGAGAGCCAUGCUGGGGGCCAGGAGAUGGCAGAGGUUGGGGUUCAGGAGCAUUCGGGUUGGGAUGGAAGUGCAGCAUGUUCUGAGGGGGCCACUCGACGUGGGUAAUGUGUUUGUGCACAUGGACACUGACAGAGGCGGGUGGUUACCCCCAGCCCUCACCAUCUGCCCCUCUGAGGGGGAUAUCUGCUCUGCACAGCAUCCGUCACAUCAACUUGGGGGAGGGCCCAAGUCCCCCGGUCCCCCUGUAGACCUGCUUCCACUCCAACCUCUUAGAGCAGCCUGGCUGGUGUGAGAAUAUGCUCGUAGAAUGAAACUCACAUGCCAGGAUCUUCUAGGGCUUGUUUAAAAUGCCUCCUGCAGGGCCUCCCUUGGGGAUUCCAGUCCGUGGGUGUGCAGCGUGGUGCAGAUGUCUCCGCUCCUGGACGGACUCCAUUGCAAGGGGUUGGAGCCAGUCUGUGUUGCGAAUCCUGCUGUAACUAUCUCGCUUUUGCCCUGUGUGCAGUACACGGUCCGAAGCACCUCCUGGGCAUCUCUUUGCUGGGAUCUUGCUCACAGAAAGAAGCAGAGUGGGGUGUGCAGGGUCCUGGGUGGGCAGCAGGCCUGUCUGGGGAGGAAAGAGCUCCCCUCCCUGGCUGAGUGCCUCAGAAACGGCCCAGGAACAGCAGGAACCUGGGUAACAGGUCACCUCCAGGGGUGCUAGUGGGAGGCUGUGGGCCUGCUCUCUGGCCAGCUGCUCGGCAUAGGCCCAGCCCUGCCCCCUGCAGGAAGGCAGCUAGAAGAGCACCUCCACCUGGCCCGGGGCCUCAGCAGUGCCUGGGUACCCUGGACAGAAGCUCCCCUCCUCCCCUGACCUUCUGGCCAAGACCUAGGGCCCUUGAGU